CCGGGACGAGCGAGGAGGCUGGCAUGAAGCUUUUGUUCGCGAAGCGUGAUAGUGCAAGGUUCAAAGAUGGCAGUGCUGACACUGCCGCUGUGCCUCAUGCAUCGUGACCUCACAGUACAGGAUGCACUCCCACCAUCAUCAUUCCAGGUUACUCAAAAAUGUCGAUACACCUACUAUCUCGUUCUGGUUCAUAUAGAACAGAAUGGCAAAUCUACAUAACUGCCCACAGAGUCGGCGCAGCUAGUAAUGUCUUCAAUUCGCCCUUGCAGCGAUGUUAGUACAGGCUACUUUUUGCAUUCGACAAAGCCACUUCCCCACUAAUGUGGGAGUCGGGAUUACGUUGUUCCCGAUGUCAAACCCUGUGUCUCACUGUGCAGGAAGUACUCCCACCAUCAGUGUAAGAAGCUAUAAUCCACCAUAGAACUGAUAGUAAUGCAAUACAUUGAUUGUGAGGUAUAUAGAUAAAUAUACCACUGGUGAAAUUUGUUCGGCUAGCAAUGUCUUCUUCCCCUGCGCAGGACCUCUUGCCACAAGCUGACCUAGCAAACACGUUCGGGGCACUUUUUAUUGGGGUCACCCUUUCAGCAAUUCUCUUUGGUCUGACCAAUGUUCAAAUCUUCAUCUACUUCCAGACACACAGAGAUACGGGGAUGUCGAUUUUUAAGCUGAUUGUUAUCUGGCUUUGGAUACUUGAUGGUGUACACCUGGCACUGAUUGUACAUUGCGUCUAUUAUUAUUUAGUGACCAACUACGCGAACUUCAGUGCACUCACAGAAAUCGUGUGGAGUUUGAGAGUUCAGCUAAUACUCGAUGUUCUCAUUGUUUGUACGGUACAUUUUUCGUAUGUCUAUCGCAUAUGGAUAGUCAGCAAGGGCCGAUCAAGAGUUCUCCCAAUUAUAACAAUGUGCAUAGUCGUAGUCCUAUCAGAAGCUGUCUCCAUUCCUGUCGUUUUGGCGCAAUAUCGGGUCCGCGUGUUCCAGGACGUUGUUGCAACCGAGUGGGCAACAUACCUGACUUUGGGCUCGAUCACUUUUGAUGAUAUCCUUAUUGCGUCAUCGUUAUGCUAUCUCCUCGCUACUUCCCAUACUGGAUUCUCUAGUACCGAUUCUCUUAUAACAAAGCUCGUGGGUUAUAUCAUUAGUACAGGCUGUCUGACGAGUGUAUGUUCAAUGAUAGCUCUAAUCACUUGCGCGGUGAUGCCGAAGAACUUCAUCUUUCUCAGCAUUGGAUUCUUAGUGACCAAACUAUACGUGAACUCGUUCUUGGCACUUAUGAACGCAAGAUACUACCUGCAGGCCGACACAGGCAGUGUGGGUUCUUCCGAAUUUCGUGUCCGCCAUGACGUUUACCGCCCCGAGCUACGCAUUAACACGUCGCAAGACGAUAAGCCUCAGACAGAUGUGUCCGAUGAUGUGGUGUUGCAUACCACUCGACCUAUCCAGGCUGUCAUGUUGCCAACGAUGGAAAAGGAUUCUUUCUCGUUGGCGUGAUAGACUACUAGUAGGCAUGCAUUAUUAUUUGCGUGUUUCCUCACGAGUAGCUCUCACAAAUAACUUAUGAGUUCGGACUAAAUUAUCACUCCCUACCCACCAUAUUAUGGAUGUACUCAAAUUGCUAGCUGUGAAACAUCGACAUUCUGUCUGACUUGCAUUUCAUA